CGGCGGGCGGAGCUGCGGGGCUCGGCUGGACUCGGUUCGCUUCGGCUGCGCUCGGCACGCUGCGGUAAAUCCCGGCUCGCGGGUGGCUGGCAGAGGCUCCGGCUGGUGGUCCCUGCUGCGCGCUCUAAGCCCGGAGAGCCAUGCAGAUGUCCUACGCCAUCCGGUGCGCCUUCUACCAGCUGCUUCUGGCCGCCCUCAUGCUCGUAGCGAUGCUGCAGCUGCUCUACCUGUCGCUGCUGUCCGGGCUGCACGGGCAGGAGGAACAAGACCAGUAUUUCGAGUUCUUUCCCCCGUCCCCGCGGUCCGUGGACCAGGUCAAGGCGCAGCUCCGUACCGCGCUGGCCUCGGGAGGCGUCCUGGACUCCAGCGGUGACUACCGCGUCUACAGGGGCCUGCUGAAGACCACUAUGGAUCCCAACGAUGUGAUCCUGGCCACGCACGCCAGCGUGGACAACCUGCUGCACCUGUCCGGCCUGCUGGGGCGCUGGGAGGGCCCGAUGUCCGUGUCGGUGUUCGCGGCCACCAAGGAGGAGGCGCAGCUGGCCACGGUGCUGGCCUACGCGCUGAGCAGCCACUGCCCCGACAUGCGCUCCAGGGUCGCCAUGCACCUAGUGUGCCCCUCGCGCUACGAGGCCGCCGUGCCCGACCCCCGGGAGCCGGGGGAGUUUGCCCUGCUGCGCUCCUGCCAGGAGGUCUUUGACAAGCUAGCCAGAGUGGCCCAACCCGGGAUCAAUUAUGCGCUGGGCACCAACGUCUCCUAUCCUAAUAACCUGCUGAGGAAUCUGGCUCGCGAAGGGGCCAACUACGCACUGGUGAUCGAUGUGGACAUGGUGCCCAGCGAGGGGCUGUGGAGAGGGUUGCGGGAGCUGCUGGAUCAGAGCAAGCAGUGGGCGGGCACCGCGCUGGUGGUGCCUGCCUUCGAGAUCCGUCGAGCCCGCCGCAUGCCCGUCAGUAAGACGGAGCUGGUGCAGCUCUACCAGGUGGGCGAGGUGCGCCCCUUCUAUUAUGGGCUGUGCACGCCCUGCCAGGCACCCACCAACUACUCCCGCUGGGUCAACCUGCCUGAAGAGAGCCUGCUGAGGCCUUCCUACGUGGUGCCCUGGCAGGACCCCUGGGAGCCAUUCUAUGUGGCUGGAGGCAAGGUGCCCCCCUUCGAUGAGCGCUUUCGGCAGUAUGGCUUCAAUCGCAUCAGCCAGGCCUGUGAGCUGCACGUGGCAGGGUUCGAUUUUGAGGUUUUGAAUGAAGGUUUCCUCGUUCAUAAGGGCUUCAAGGAAGCUUUGAAGUUCCAUCCCCAAAAGGAGGCUGAAAAUCAGCACAAUAAGAUCUUGUACCGCCAGUUCAAACAGGAGUUGAAGACCAAGUACCCCAACUCCCCCCGCCGCUGCUGAGCCCUUCCCUCCCCCAGUCUGAGAAGUUUCAGCCUCCUGACUCCUCGGGCCGCCCCUUAGGCCUGACUGGGGUAAGAAAUGUCUCUCCACUUUGCAGAGGGAGCUAUAGUGUUGCAACACUGGACUUGAAUAUGGGGUGCUAGGAUCAAGUUCUAGCUUUACCACUAACUAGCUGUGUGGCCUUGAGCAAAUCCCUUUACCUCCCUGAGCCUCAGUUACUCCGUCUGUAAAACGGGAAGUGAGAAUGCCUACCUCACAGAACUGUUGGGAGGCUCAGACGAGACGCUAUCUGUGAAAACAUUCUGUAAGCUUCGUACAAAUGUGAAGUAUUAUUAAUAUUAUUACAGUAUUAUUAUUGUUGUUGUCACUAUUGUUAUUAACAAUCGUGGGUGUGUGGGUGGUAGGAAAGCAGAAAAUAUGAAUGGGACAGGGCUGAAAGAUCAGAGACAUGGGGGUACUUAAGGAAUGGGGCUUUCCGGAAAGAAAUCGGAUGAAGGCGUGGAAUUUCGUUCGUAGCUUCUGGGCAGAAGCCUAAACAACUCUAGCGCCUCCACCCUCGGGGGCUGUGGAGGAGGGAAGGGUCUGAAGGCUUGAUGGGCGAUAAUCCAUGAAAAUCUGUACCCUCGAAUAGGCUGGUGCUGGGUAUUUGCCUACUUAUGACAAUGUUUAAAUAAAUGAGUGUUCACACCCA